UGUCACCGCCUUCGCACCACCCGGCCGGCUCUCACGUGGGUUGGGCCGCUCAGUAACAGCUCUUCUUCCGGGACUUCCUGGUCGCCGCGACCAAUCAGAGUGCUCUUCCUGUCCUGACCAUUGUCAGCCGGCUGCCAAUCGCGCGCCUCUACCAACGCCCCUUAAAGGCGCCGCCGACGCCGCCUGAGCCGGGGCUGAUCAGUUUCUCGGUUCCUGCCCCCAACUGCGGCAUGGAGUCGUCCCAGGGGCGGCCUGGGCCCGAGGCGGACCUCCCGGCUGUAGGGGAGCAGCAAGCCGUGAUCUUCGGCGGCGGGCCGGGCCGAACCCCCUCUGAGCCGCCCUCAGGCCUCCCGGCGUCUGGGCAGGAAGAGGCCGAGAACGUUGAGGGCGCGAGCCGCCACCCCGGGGCGUCCCCGAAGACUUCCAGCCGCGGCGCCGUCCACCGGGCCGAGCGGGAGGCUCGGGACGACGAGCCCGGCCGCGGAGGGACGCGGUCCGGGCCGGGUAGCCGCCGGGGGGCGCCGGGCCCUGAGCCCGACCCCCACGGGUCCUCCCGGCUGAAGGACCCGGAGCCACCGGAGGACGAGCUUGCAUCCGAGAGCGGCUGCCGUCGAGGGAGCCCGGGAGGCAGCGGGAUGGAGGUGGAGCCGCAGGAGGAAGACGAGGAGGCGGCGGCGGCGGCUGGCAGGGCUGGCCGCUCGUUCUCCAGCCGCCUUCAGGACAGCCGCAGCCUGGACGGGCUGAGCGGGGCGUGCGGCGGUACCGGGUCCGCAGGGGGUGCCGAGCCCGGCGCGGGCGGCGGGCGCCGCGCCACCAUCUCCAGCCCCCUGGAGCUCGAAGGCACCGUGAGCCGCCAUGGCGACCUCACCCACUUCGUCGCCAACAACCUGCAGCUCAAGAUUCGUCUGAGCGGCGCCCUUCAGCCCCCGCCCCCUGCCCCUGCGCGGCCCUGCGCGGCGCCCGCACCGACUCCCGCCAUUCCUCCCAUCGACCCCGACGUGCUGCGGGACCUGGAGCGGCUGAGUCGGGAGCUGGGCGGCAGGGUGGACCGUCUGCUGCGCGGGCUGGGUGGCGCGGUGCAGGAGCUGACAGCGCUGAGCGUGGGCUGCAUCCAGACCUACCGCGACGCCGUGGACUCCCUAGGCGAAGCCGUGGACAUGAGCAUCAAGGGCAUGUACACCCUGCUGGCCCGCUGUGAGGAGCUGGAGCGGGCGCUGCAGCCAGUUCAGGGGCUGGCGCGCCAAGUCCGGGAUAUCCGACGCACCCUGGAGGUGUUGGAGGCCCUGUGCAAGUGACCGGGAGGGCAGGACAGGGCUGGCCAAGCCGGGGCCCAGCAGGAUCCUAAGGACUCAAGGAGCCCUGGUGGGAACUGCCCGCCGAGGGGAGGCCUAUAUACUGGAGGCUCUUCCAGAUGCAUUUAGCAGGCCUGCGACCACUCGCUGGGCCUUAUUCAGGUGUAUGUGGGGAAGUUCGGAAGCCUUCCCCGGUGGGAGGGGACGAUGCUCUGCUUCUAUUAAGUUGGCCAUCUGUAGCUACCUUGUUCUCAACUCUCUUCUCCAGCCAGAGCACCGUCUCUGGGAACCCAGGGCUUUAGGUCUCGGCUUGGGAGACGUGACUGCCAUAUGUGGUCCAGAAAGGAGAACAGAGGAGGCCCCAGCCCCCACUGUGGCCACCCUGAUUCCCGUGGUCACAUCUCAGGUGCCAGGGGCUGUGGGAGGUUGAGUGGUCCUUGGCCACACACCGUGCAGACAAGGAUGCACAUCCGCAGAUGGGUAACCCCCUGCUUCUGCCCUCUGGCCCCCUACUAUCCCACCUCCCCAGCCAGACCCGGGGUGGAGCUAGACGGAAUGCAUUGCAUGGUAGAGGGGGGUGAGGUGGGAGGGGUCUCGCUGCUCUCAGGGUUCAGGCAGAAUUGUUGCUGGUUUGGAAGCCCACCUAUUGUGGAGUGUUCUAAUCAGCUUUGGCUUUCUGAGUUUUUGUGGAAUUAAAGUCCUGCUGCUAAGG